ACUCUGGACCGCCCGGCCCCGCCUCCGUACCACCCAAACCUUUCUUUACCUCAACCUCCGCAUCGACAACUCCUUCGACUGAUACACGCUCGUCCCUACUUGCCAAAACCCACAAAAACCCAUUUAUCCCCUUCCCCGCAACCGCAUCCAGCCCGUAGGGCCCGCGUUGGCUGUCCUAGGCCCGAAAAUAUACGUAAUUGGGGGAGCUUUUGAUAGAAUUCCGUCAAAUUCGAUGUGGGUUUAUGAUUGUAGGUUCAAUAGGUGGGAGGAAGGCCCUAGAAUGAAGGUGGCCCGGGAGUUCGCCGGAGCGGGGGUUGUUGAUGGGAAGAUUUAUGUUCUAGGUGGUUGUGUUGUGGAUGGUACGGCUCAGUCUAUGGAGUGGGCAGAGGUUUUUGACCCGGUUACCGGGUUGUGGACCACGGUGCCGAGCCCUGUUGAGGUGAGGUUGAAGCGGAUGCACGCGAGCGUGGUGAUGGAGGGGAGAGUUUAUGCAAUGGCGGGUAGAAGUGGGGAGGUGUAUGAUGUUGGGGUGGUGGGGAAGUGCGGAAACGUGUUAAUAAUUUGUCGGCGGCAGCCUGCGGUGGUUCAGGGAGUGUUGUGUUGUUGUAAUAUUUUUGGGAAGAUUGCAGGGUAUGAUGUGGAGGAAGGUGUUUGGAAGGAGUUGCAGGGUAUACGUCUAUGGCGCAACGAUGGUGAAUUUCGAUGGGAGGUUGUGUGUUGUUUGGGAGAAAAAGGGGAGUGGGAAGGAGGUGGAGAUAAAGUGUGUGGAUAUUGA